UCUUAAUCUAGUUAGUUUCACAUGUUCACAUUCUUCUUCUUCUUCUUCUUCAACUUCUUCAACCACACUCUCUCUAUAACUACUUUAAUAUAGACUCUAGAGCCAAUUAGUAAUAAACACUCAUCUUCACAUAACAAAUUAAACCGUUGUUCUUGAUUAGCACAUGGAAAUGGAGGAAUCAUUGGAUUCAGGUGAGAUUAUGAGUAGUAUAAGGAGGAGCAUAGGGAUAGGAUCAUCAAGCAGGAGGAGCUGGGCAUCGGCGAGUGGGCGCGGCGGAAGCGAGGUGUGGAGCAAAGAAAGAGAAGGAGAAGAUGAUGAGGAAGAGCUCAAGUGGGCAGCCAUAGAGAGGCUACCAACUUUUGAGAGGAUGAGAAAGAGCAUAGUCAAGCAAGUUCUUGAGAAUGGAAGCUCUAACUAUGAAGAAAUUGAUAUAUUCAAGCUUGGUAUCAAUGAAAAGAAGAGGUUCUUGGAAGCUAUGCUCAGAACUGUUGAAGAAGAUAAUGAGAAGUUCCUCUCCAGAAUGAGGGACAGGAUUGACAGGGUGGGUAUAGAGAUUGCUAAGGUUGAAGUUCGAUUUGAGCAUUUAUUUGUAGAAGGUGAUGCAUAUAAAGGAACCAGAGCAUUGCCAACACUAUUCAACUCCACACUCAAUGCUCUUGAGACAGUUCUUAGAUCAAUUAAAAUUUUCCCCUCAAAUAAAAGUGUUGUGAAGAUACUACAAGAUGUUAGUGGAAUCCUCAGGCCAGCAAGAAUGACCUUGCUUUUGGGGCCUCCAGGAUCAGGAAAAACUACACUGCUGAAGGCACUUGCUGGGAAAUUGGACAGGGAUUUAAGGGCAUCAGGAAGAGUCACCUACAAUGGUCAUGAGUUAUCAGAGUUUGUUCCUCAAAGAACAUGUGCUUAUAUCAGUGAGCAAAAUCUUCAUCAUGGAGAAAUGACAGUGAGAGAGACAUUAGACUUUUCGGGACGCUGCUUGGGAGUCGGAACGAGGUUUGAACUAUUGGUGGAGUUGACAAGAAGAGAAAAGCAAUCAGGAAUCAAGCCGGAUCCCGAGAUAGAUGCUUUCAUGAAAGCUACAGCAGUUGAAGGUCAAGAAACAAGUCUCAUUACAGAUUAUGUUCUUAAGCUUCUUGGAUUGGAAAUAUGUGCUGAUACUUUGGUAGGAGAUCAGAUGAGAAGGGGAAUAUCCGGAGGAGAAAAAAGGCGGUUAACUACCGGUGAGAUGUUGGUAGGACCUGCAAAAGUUUUCUUAAUGGAUGGGAUCUCGACCGGUUUGGAUAGCUCCACAACAUUCCAAAUAGUCAAAUUCUUGAGGCAACUAGUUCAUAUCAUGGAUGUUACAAUGAUAAUCUCGCUUCUGCAACCUGCACCAGAAGCUUAUGAUCUCUUUGAUGACAUAAUCUUGCUUUCAGAAGGCCAGAUUGUCUACCAAGGACCACGCGAAAAUGUUCUUGAUUUUUUCGAAAGCGUAGGCUUCAAAUGCCCGGAAAGGAAAGGAGUUGCUGACUUUUUACAGGAGGUUACUUCCAGAAAGGAUCAAGAGCAGUACUGGUUCAAAAGGGACACACCUUAUCAUUAUAUCACUGUUUCUGAGUUUGUAGCUCACUUCUAUAAUUACAGAAUUGGCCAAAAGAUUUGUGAAGAUCUUCAGGUUCCUUUCGACCGCAGUAAAUCUCAUCCUGCUGCUUUGGUUCAAGAAAAAUAUGGGAUACCAAAGUUAGAACUCUUCAAGGCUUGCUUUGCUAGAGAAUGGCUACUGAUGAAGCGCAGCUCUUUUAUAUACAUAUUCAAGACAACUCAGAUCAUGAUCAUGUCUUUGAUUGCUAUGACAGUGUUCUUUAGAACAACAAUGAAACAUGGCCAACUUCAGGAUGGGGGAAAAUUUUAUGGUGCAUUGUUCUUCAGUCUCAUCAAUAUAAUGUUCAAUGGAAUGGCUGAGCUUGCUUUGACUAUUUUUAGGCUCCCCGUUUUCUUCAAGCAGAGAGAUUUGUUAUUUUUUCCGGCUUGGGCAUUCGCACUUCCAGUAUGGAUAUUUCGGAUCCCUCUAUCUUUCAUUGAGUCAGGGUUAUGGGUUUGCCUUACUUAUUACACUAUAGGGUUUGCUCCACCUGCAAGUAGGUUUUUUCGUCAGUUCUUAGCAUUCUUCUGUGUUCAUCAGAUGGCUUUAUCACUUUUCCGAUUCAUUGCGGCUCUAGGAAGAACACAAAUUGUGGCAAAUACACUUGGUACCUUUGUACUGCUACUUGUUUUUGUGCUUGGUGGAUUCAUUAUAGCCAGAGAUGAUAUUGAACCUUGGAUGAUAUGGGGCUAUUAUGCAUCUCCAAUGAUGUAUGGUCAAAAUGCCAUUGCCAUCAAUGAAUUCCUUGACAAAAGAUGGAGUGCUCCUAAUUCGGACCCGAGAAUUCCUGAGCCUACAGUUGGGAAAGCUCUUCUCAGGGCUAGAGGCAUGUUUACAGAAGACUAUUGGUACUGGAUUUCUGUUGGUGCUCUCCUAGGCUUUUCGCUACUCUUCAACAUUUGUUUCAUUGCUGCUCUGACAUUUCUGAAUCCAUUUGGUGAUUCCAAAUCAAUUAUUGUGGAUGAUGAAGACGAGAUGGAGGGAACUACAAAACAGAGCACUGAGCUAGCAGAAAGAAGCAAUCCAGAUGAUUCAAAAGCCAAGAGGGGAAUGGUGUUACCCUUUCGGCCCCUAUCGCUUGCAUUCAAUCACGUGAACUACUACAUCAAUAUGCCAUCUGAAGUUAAAAAACAAGGAGUUGAAGAGAAUCGGUUACAAUUACUAAGGAAUGUUAGUGGAGCUUUCAGGCCUGGAUUACUAACAGCAUUAGUAGGUGUAACUGGUGCUGGAAAAACUACAUUGAUGGAUGUUCUUGCAGGAAGAAAAACUGGUGGUUACAUUGAAGGAAGCAUCUACAUAUCUGGUUAUCCAAAGAACCAAGAAACAUUUGCAAGGGUUAGCGGUUAUUGUGAACAAAAUGAUAUCCAUUCUCCAAAUCUAACAGUCUAUGAAUCCGUCGUGUUUUCUGCUUGGCUGCGUCUUGGUAAAGAGAUCAACAAAGAAACAAAGAUGAUGUUUGUUGAGGAAGUUAUGAAGCUUGUUGAGCUAAAUCUGAUGAGGAAUUUUCUAGUAGGCCUUCCUGCCAUUAAUGGUUUAUCAACUGAACAAAGAAAGAGACUCACCAUUGCUGUGGAAUUGGUUGCAAAUCCUUCUAUCAUAUUUAUGGAUGAGCCAACUUCUGGACUUGAUGCUAGAGCCGCAGCAGUCGUUAUGCGUACCGUCAGAAAUACAGUGGAUACUGGUAGAACUGUAGUCUGCACCAUUCAUCAACCAAGCAUUGACAUAUUUGAAGCUUUUGAUGAGCUUCUUUUGAUGAAGAGAGGAGGACAAAUCAUAUACGGUGGUCCCCUUGGUCUACAUUCUCAAAAACUUAUAGAAUACUUUGAGGCUAUUCCAGGAGUACCGAAAAUCAGAGACGGAUAUAACCCCGCGACAUGGAUGUUAGAGAUCAGUUCCCCUGCAGUUGAGUCUCAGCUUGGUGUAGACUUUGCAGAAUUGUACAAUAAGUCAGAAUUAUAUCAGAGGAAUCAAGAGCUUAUUGAAGAGCUAAGCACACCAUUACCGGGAACAAAGGACCUUUAUUUCCCUACUAGAUACUCUCAGUCCUUCAUAACUCAGUGCAAAGCUUGCUUUUGGAAACAGCAAAUGUCAUACUGGAGGAAUCCAACUUAUAAUGCCAUCCGGUUCUUCAUGACAAUAGCUGUAGGGAUAAUUUUUGGAUUCAUUUUUUGGAAAAAAGGAGAUAAAACUGAAACAGAGCAGGACCUUAUAAAUCUAGUGGGAGCUAUGUAUACUACAAUUUUCUUUCUUGGAUCCACCAACACAAAUGCUGUCCAACCUGUUGUUGCAAUAGAAAGAACUGUGUUCUACCGAGAAAGAGCGGCUGGAAUGUACUCAGCUCUCCCUUAUGCAAUUGCUCAGGUAGCAAUAGAAUGUAUAUAUGUUGCAAUCCAGACAAUGAUCUACACACUUAUCAUUCACUCAAUGAUGGGGUUCCUUUGGCAUGCUGACAAGUUCUUCUGGUUAUACUAUUUCAUAUUCAUUUCUUUUGUCUACUUCACACUUUAUGGAAUGAUGACUGUGGCUCUCACACCAAACCACCAAAUCGCUGCGAUUGUCAUGUCCUUCUUCCUGAUGUUCUGGAACAUGUUCGCCGGUUUCCUUAUCCGAAAGUCGCAAAUUCCAAUAUGGUGGAGGUGGUUCUACUGGGCUAGCCCACCAGCUUGGACCAUAUAUGGUCUACUAACCUCACAGAUAGGUGACAAAGAUUCUCCAGUUGCAGUUCCUGGAUCUGGCACAUUAUCAGUGAGACACUACCUUGAGAAACAAAUGGGUUAUCACUACAACUUUCUCGGAGAAGUUGCUGUGGCUCAUGUUGCUUUUGUUUUAAUAUUUCUCUUUGUAUUUGCAUAUAGCAUCAGGUACCUCAAUUUCCAGACAAGAUAAACGUUUCAUAGGAUUAGAAAUGAAAAGAAUUUGUAUAAAGAAGCAACAGGAAAUAAAGAAAGAAAUGUGUCUAUUAUUUACAGGGUUCUGUACCAAGUAUGUCAAGAAAAUAUUAAGCAGCAUUUUUGCUUUAAUUUGUAUUAUAUACACUAACUGGAAAUUAUCAAUUGUAUCUAGUUUUAAAUCUGAUAU